UCAUUUCAAAAUAUUAUGUUGGAAAUUACUUUGAUGUGUGUGAGCUGGAAGUAUGCUGUAUGUUAAUUGCUUUUCGGUUAUUAUAAUGCUUAUUCAGUAUUCUGAUUUUAGUUGAAAAUAUUAUAUUACUUAAAUAAUUGUAAAAUGAUAAUCCAAGAGCCCGUUCAGGCAGCUGUUUGGCAUGCACUAAAUCAUUAUGCUUAUGAAGAUGCAAUUUUUAUAGCAGAGAGACUAUUUGCAGAAGUGGAUUCAGACGAUACAUUGUAUCUCUUAGCUACAUGUUACUAUCGAGCUGGAAGAAUUGGUGCAGCAUAUUCUGUAUUAAAACGUAAAGGCUGUCGCAGUUCUCAGUGUCGCUUCUUAUAUGCUAGGUGUUGUGUUGACCUUAAAAAGUUUUCUGAAGCAGAGUUUUCCAUAGCUGGAAAUUCAAUAGCAAAGACUAAAAGUCUAGAUGAAAUUGUCAAUGAAUUUGGAGAUUUCUCUUCAUUUGCUAUUCAGUUGCUAGGUCAUAUAUGUUAUAAAACAUCGAGACUUGGUAAAGCAGCUGAAGCUUACAGGAAAAGCUUAAAAUUGAAUCCUUUUCUAUGGUCCUCUUAUGAAUCUCUUGUUAAUUUAGGAGAGAAGCCUGAUCCUAGCAAAAUAUUUAAUAUUAGCAAUGUUGAGCAUUUAUCUUUUUGUCAUGGCACAAACCCAUUAGUAAAUUUAGUUAAUAAAACUUCUGUGCCAAAUACUGUAAAUUAUAUAAAAGAAACUCCUAAUAUAUGUAAUGAAGUAAUUCAAGUGAGUAAUAUUUUUUUUACAUUUUUUUAUAUCUUUAUUAUAAAUACAAGAAAGAGUCUAUGUUAUAGUAUGUGUAUUCUAUAAAUCAAAGAUAGAGGGAUGUGAAAUUUGGUAAACAGAUUCUGAGAUUCUUCAUUUGUGGACACAUCAAAG